AUGAUCAACACCGAACAAGUUAAUGUAACUGUAGCAGCUGAUCAACAACAAGAACAACAAGAAAUGGAACAAUCACAAUCACAACCAAUCAAUGAUGAUCAUACUCAAAACAAUCAAAAUCAAAACGAUAACAAUAACAAUAGCAAAAGUAAUAUAUCGGUUGACGAUGCCAAUAAUAAUAAUAAUAGAUUCGAUGUGAUCAUUGUAGGUGCAGGUGUGGCAGGAUCCAUUCUUGCCAGAACUCUCGGUGUUUCUGGACGUCGUGUGCUCUGUGUCGAACGUGACCUGAGUGAACCCGACCGUAUUGUCGGUGAGUUGAUGCAGCCAGGUGGUGUGCGUGCACUCCAGGCUCUGGGCAUGGGCGAGUGCUUCGACGGCAUCGACGCAACACCCGCCUACGGUUACGGUAUCUUCAAGGGCACUGACGGCGUUCGUCUUUCAUAUCCGCGUGAAUCAAACAACAGUCCCGCCAAGGUUGCCAACGGUUUCAGCUUUCACCACGGCCGAUUCGUACAGAAACUACGUAAUAUGGCAUCGAUGGUCGCAGCUGUCAACCUGGUACAGGGCACUGUCAAAUCACUCAUCGAAGACGAUUCGUCAAACACCAUUGUCGGUAUCAAAUAUACAACUCAACUGCUCGGUGGUGAUGCACUCACCGACAACGACAAACCACAGCUAAUAGAGCGUGAAGCAUUCGCUCCACUUACGAUCGUAGUGGAUGGUUGUUUCUCGAAUCUGCGUAAAUCACUUACCAAUCAAACUCCACUUUGUGUAUCAACUUUCGUUGGAGAUUGUAAUUUACCUUUCCCAGAUCAUGGUCAUGUAUUUUUGGUUGAUCCAUCACCCAUUUUGAUGUAUAGAAUCGGAUCGAAUGAGAUUAGAGUGUUGGUCGAUGUUCCAGGAUCGACUUGUCCACCCAACUCGCAGCUGCGUGUCAUGUUUGAGAAGCAGACUGCUCCUCAACUCCCGGAGUCUCUCAGGGAACCAUUUUUACAGUCAUUGCGCAAUGAACAGCUUAAAAAGAUGCCAAAUUCAAGGUUGCAUCCCGAUAUGAUUGACAAGAAGGGUGUCAUAGUGCUCGGUGACGCAUGGAAUAUGAGACAUCCGCUUACCGGUGCCGGUAUGACCGUUGCCAUUGCCGAUGUUCGCACACUGACCUGUCUGUUGGCACCACUGAGCACAGAGGAUCUUGGCAACUCACAAAAGAUGGACGCAGUCAUGAAGGAGUUCCAACGACAACGUACACCACUCGCUUCCACCCUCAAUGUUCUGGCCGGUGCACUCUACAAGGUGUUCUCGGCGGACAACGAGCACCUCAGAAAGGCAUGUCUCGGAUAUCUGAGUCUCGGUGGUGAGUUCUCUGCUGGACCGGUAGCAUUGCUCUCUGGUCUCCGUCCGAAACCAAGCGUGCUGGCAAUGCACUUCUUUGCCGUUGCAUUCUACGGUAUCUUCAAAACACUCUGGCCAUUCCCAACACCAGGCAGAAUAGUUACCGCCUACCGUAUUUUAUGCGCAGCCUCUGACAUUGUAGUACCGCUAUUACAUCGUGAACGUACACUUAGAGGACUUACAUUCUUAUGCAGAUUCUUAAGAUUAACAAAACAAUGA